UAUAAGCAACAAAAAAGUUUUUUGGCAACAUAAUCCAACAAUAAAUAAUUAGUUAACUAGCCAUAGUCCUAAAUCCUAAUUAAUUUCCAUAUACCCCUUGAAGUAAAAACUUUUUUUUUCUCUCUUAUUUGAGAAGUUCUUUAGGUUUUCAAUUAAGUUUCAAGGUUUAGGGUUUUUUUUUUCGUCGAAAAUCUUGAAAAAUGGAAGGAGAAGUAAAUGAAGAAAUUGAUUUACCACCAGGAUUUAGAUUUCAUCCAAGUGAUGAAGAACUUAUAACAUAUUAUCUUAUGAAUAAAAUUUCAGAUUCUAAUAAUUUUAUUGCAAGGGCUAUUGGAGAUGUUGAAUUAAACAAAUCUGAGCCAUGGGAUCUUCCAGGGAAGGCAAAAAUGGGAGAAAAAGAAUGGUACUUUUUCAGCCUCAGAGAUAGAAAGUAUCCAACAGGAGUGAGAACAAAUAGAGCAACAAAUAGUGGAUAUUGGAAAACUACUGGCAAAGACAAAGAGAUUUUUAGUAAUUUAGAAUUAGUUGGUAUGAAGAAAACAUUGGUAUUUUAUAAAGGAAGAGCACCAAGAGGUGAAAAAACCAAUUGGGUAAUGCAUGAAUAUAGACUCCAUUCCAAAUCAUCCUAUAGAACACACAAGCAAGAUGAAUGGAUUGUUUGCCGUGCAUUCCAAAAGAGUAAUGCAGGAGGAAAAAGAAUUCAUGUAAACCCCUACACUGCACUUGAUCAAAUCAAUCCAAAUACAAUAUGCAUUUCUUCACAAAUUAUGAUGCCACAAGUUGGACAUAAUACAUUUCAACUAGCCAUGAGAAAAUCAUCAUCAUCAAGUGCUUACACUAUGAUCAAUCAUCCAGAAAUUCAAGAAGUUCUUCGAGGCGUUUCAUCGUCGUCAUCGUCUAACUUGAUGAACUUGCAUCCAACUCUUCAAUCCCAAAUGAACUAUAACGUAGGUGGAGGCAAUGGUUUUACUAUUUCAGGCUUGAACUUGAAUCUUGGCGGUCGUGGUGGUGGUGGUGGUGGUGGUGCCACCACUACUCAGCCAGGAUCACCGCCGCCACGGCCGCGACAAGAUGUGAGUUCUUUUCAUGUGAUGAUGACAACUCAUGAUGAUCAGGCUGGUUAUGGUGAAUAUAUGAGUAGUGGGAAUGUCAUGAAUAGAUUUAUGGUUUUGGAAAAUAGUUCUCAUGAUUUAGAGAACUGUUGGGGUAACUAUUGA